AUGUUUGAGACAUACUAUAAAUGUCUUCAGGAAAAAAUACAAACUAUUCACAAGGAAGAGUUUCCUAUUAAAGCUCAUCUAGCUGUUGAAGGAGAGUCGGUGCAGAUGUUGUGUCCGGUGUGCUACCGGCCUGACGAAAGCGAGGAUUCCCAGAGGGCGAUAUGGCAGGUCCUGCUUCACGAGAUUUCAACACUGCAGGAGGUUCAUGAGAACAAACGGAUUCACAUUUCCAAAGAGUACACGCUUCUCAUUGAGAAGAUUGACGUCAGUGAUGCAGGCCAAUACUUUUGUGUGGAGCGUCGGGACUACAUCUCGGUCUAUCAACUGGACGUCUUUCUCACGGAUAAAAGGAGAAGUUUUAGAUUAGGGGACGAGCCGCUGACGCCUGAAACUUUCCUGCUGAAGCACAACCUUCGGGUGUUCACCAUGUGGGCCGCGUGGGGAGAGUGCAAUACGUGCGACAGGUCAGGUGAGAAGUCACGGAUCGGACAGUGCACAGUCAAGAAAAUGUACCAGGACAUUCCUGUCUUCCCGAGAGACUAUGCAAUGAUGGCUGUCUACCCGGAAGGAGUUCCCUGCCAUUCAACGGCCUUGCCACGUCAUAUCCGCAAGAUGUCGGAGAUCGGCAAUAGAGAAAGUGAAACCAUACUUGUCCCUUGUCAGGAGCCAUGUCCUACUGACCCACCAGUCUCGCGAAUUACCGACGAAUCGGGAAACGUGGUGGAGGUGGUAGACGCCGGUUUCCAUUCCAUGAAAGAUCAACCCCAGUUACCGUCGUUGGUGAAAAGAAAAGUUCUCUACGAAAAUGAAAAUUCGCAUCUGCUGCUGAACUGUCCCACACAACAUGAGGCAAACAUGAUACACUGGGCUAGAGGGGAAAGCGAGGUGGAUCCUAUUGAUAUCAAGAAACAGACCAAAGGCCGGGUGUGGGUGGAUAGUCUUAGCAGACUUCACUUCAAGCCACUGCUGCUGAGUGACACGGAUGUCUACAAGCAAGUUGUUUCUGUUUCAUUCAUUCAUUCAUUCAUUUAUUUAUUCGUUCAUUCAUUAUCCUUUUUUGCCAUUUCAUAUCACAAAGCGCUCGCUGUAUAUUCCUGGUUGCUUCUUAUUUAA